CUGCCGCGGCCGGCCGACCCCGCCUCUGGUUGACUCCCUCCGCUCCUGUGGCCUCACCUCUGACCCCUAGGACCGGCCUUUCCGUCCUCCUGUGUAUCUGUCGCGACCCCUCCCACGCCUCCAAACCCCACCCUGCCCUGGACAAGCCAGGCAGUGCGAGGGUCCUCGCGAAUCGAGGAGCUGCCUGCUGCUUCCAAGCGGGACUCUACUGGCCCAGCCUUCCUAGGGGUGCUUAGGACGCCCGUUAUCCACACCUUCGAGGGUAGCUUUUGCACGGGCUCGUGUCUACAGGGCGGGAGGAUGGAAACAGACCCUAAUUGGAACUGAGGUUCAGGGCAGCUCUCAGGGCCUGUGUGGGGCAAGAGGAUGCUUUCCCAGCCCCACCAUGGAGCUGCGCUGUGGGGGAUUGCUGUUCAGUUCUCGCUUUGAUUCAGGGAACCUAGCCCAUGUGGAAAAGGUGGAGACUGUGUCUAGUGAUGGGGAAGGCGUAGGAGGGGUGGCAACAGCCCCCACUAGUGGUUCUGCUUCUUCCCCUGACUACGAGUUCAACGUGUGGACCCGGCCUGACUGUGCUGAAACAGAAUAUGAGAACGGCAACAGGUCAUGGUUCUACUUCAGUGUCCGGGGAGGGACUCCAGGGAAGCUUAUCAAGAUCAACAUUAUGAACAUGAACAAGCAAAGCAAACUGUAUUCCCAGGGCAUGGCCCCCUUUGUGCGCACACUGCCUUCCCGGCCACGCUGGGAACGCAUUAGAGAACGGCCCACCUUUGAGAUGACAGAGACACAGUUUGUGCUAUCCUUCGUUCACCGUUUCAUAGAGGGCCGGGGAGCCACCACCUUCUUCGCCUUCUGCUACCCCUUCUCCUACAGUGACUGCCAGGAUCUGCUGAGCCAGCUAGACCAGCGCUUUCCAGAGAAUUACUCUACCCAUAGCAGUCCUCUGGAUAGCAUUUAUUACCACCGAGAGCUUCUCUGCUAUUCUCUGGAUGGACUUCGGGUAGAUCUACUAACAAUCACUUCCUGCCAUGGGCUUCGAGAUGAUCGAGAGCCCCGUCUAGAGCAGCUAUUUCCUGAUCUCGGCACUCCCCGACCAUUCCGUUUCACAGGCAAAAGGAUAUUCUUCUUAAGCAGUAGGGUACACCCUGGAGAGACUCCAUCUAGCUUUGUGUUCAAUGGCUUUCUGGACUUCAUCCUUCGACCUGAUGACCCCCGGGCACAAACUCUCCGUCGACUCUUUGUUUUUAAGUUGAUUCCCAUGUUAAACCCUGAUGGUGUGGUCCGGGGCCACUACCGCACAGACUCCCGUGGAGUGAAUCUGAACCGUCAGUACUUGAAGCCUGACGCCGUCCUGCACCCGGCCAUCUAUGGCGCCAAAGCCGUGCUGCUUUAUCAUCACGUGCACUCGAGGCUCAACGCCAAGAGUCCCUCGAACCAGCAAGCCACUCUUCAUCUUCCUGCAGAAGCUCCUCUUUCUGACCUCGAGAAAGCCAAUAAUCUCCACAAUGAAGCUCACCUCGGGCAGGCACCUGAUGGGGAAAACCCUGAGACUUGGACUGAGACAGAGCCAGCAGAAGAGAAGACGGAUCCAGUGUGGACCAUGCCACAGCCGAUUCCUGAACUUGAGGAGCCGGCCCCCGACACCAUCCCCCCAAAAGAGAGUGGUGUUGCUUACUAUGUAGACUUGCACGGACAUGCCUCCAAAAGGGGCUGCUUCAUGUACGGCAACAGCUUUAGUGACGAGAGCACCCAGGUGGAAAACAUGCUGUACCCAAAGCUCAUCGCCUUGAAUUCAGCCCACUUUGACUUCCAGGGCUGCAAUUUCUCAGAGAAGAACAUGUAUGCCCGAGACCGUAGAGAUGGCCAGUCCAAAGAGGGAAGCGGCCGUGUCGCAAUCUACAAAGCCUCAGGGAUAAUCCACAGCUACACACUUGAAUGCAACUACAACACUGGGCGCUCGGUCAACACCAUCCCCGCUGCCUGCCACGACAACGGGCGCGCCAGCCCUCCUCCCCCUCCGGCCUUCCCCUCCAGAUACACUGUGGAACUGUUCGAGCAGGUGGGACGAGCUAUGGCCAUCGCAGCUCUGGACAUGGCAGAGUGUAAUCCGUGGCCCCGAAUUGUGCUGUCGGAACACAGCAGCCUCACCAACCUACGAGCCUGGAUGCUGAGACACGUGCGCAACAGCAGAGGGCUGACCAGUGCUGGGAACGUGGGUGCCAGCAAGAAGCGGGGGGCUCGAACCCCUCCCAAAAGCAACAAUGGCUUGCCCGUUUCCUGCUCUGAAAAUGCUUUGAGCCGGGUUCGAAGUUUUAGCACUGGCACGAGUACUGGUGGUAGCAGCAGCAGCCAACAAAACUCUCCACAGAUGAAGAACUCUCCCAGCUUUCCUUUUCACGGCAGUCGGACUGCAGGGCUGCCAGGCCUGGGCUCUAGCACCCAAAAGGUCAGCCAUCGGGUGCUGGGCCCUGUCAGAGUAGGAGGAAAUGUCUUUAGAAUGAGGAGCACUAUCCACUGCCUCUGGGCUGAAGCUUCCUGGCUUCACAACAGUAAUAGCAAGAUUCCAGUUCUUCCAAAGGAAAGCAGAACUGAAGCAUCUCAUUGUAGGCUUAUAAACCAAAGGCCUGCCCCUUCCCAGCAGUGCACAGUUGCUCAACUAGUAAGUACCCUUGGGCCUUACUUGGUAAGAGAUUCUGGGUCAGAAGUUUAUGACCAAAAUGUGGGCUUGCAAGGGGUGGAGAUUGGAGGCAAGGUGGGGAAAGCUGGCAGGAAUCUGGACUGUGAGGAGAGACUUUUGUAGUAUUACUCUAGAAAUAUGUAUCACAAAUUAGUACUGCUGAUGUGUCCUGGGCCAUAGGAAUCUUGUCAAAACAUGGAGACCUGUAAGGUGAAGAGAAGAGCUUUGUGGUCCAGUUUUACCCAUUUCUGUGAGGAUUUUUCUGCUGUUGAGCUUUUGGAAUGGCCCUGACGUGUGCAGGUUUACAGAUACAGUGUCUGUAACUCUGACUGCUAGAGAAGCUGCAGAGGGAGCCCAGCUUCAGCUAAUUAGAACAUUCCCAUUUCUGAUAUGAAACCCGGCUCUGUUUAUAUUCCAAACCCCGAGAUUCUAUCUAACUUUGAAAUAAAUAAUUAUAUGCACUGUGCUUUAAAAUAUUAAAUUAGUAAUGAUAAUGCUUCAUAUUUAGAUAGCAUUUAAUAAUGAUAAGAGGAUAUCACAAAGGGUUUCACGUAUCUAACCAGGUAGGGCAGGAUGGAUGAUAGUCCCAUUUUUCUGAUGAGAAGACUUCAAAAAACUAUUUUAGGAAUGUCUUAUCCAAAUAGAUGUGGUGGCACACACCUAUAACCCUGGCUUGGUAGGCUGAAGCAGGAGAGUAACACAUUGGAGCCAAUCUCGGCUUCCUAAUGAGACUGUCACGGGGGAAGCUGGUGAAGAAUGGGUUAUUCCUUUUUUUUUUUUCUCCUUUUUUUGAG